AUUGCGCUUGCCAGUUUCUACGAGGACGGGGGCGACGAGGACAUCCUGACCCUUCCCCAGCCGACACCCAGCUCACUCUCCAGAGCCACUGUGGCCAGUGACCACAGAGUAACGUCGUUCAGAGACCUUGUUCAUGCGCAGGAGGAGGAGGAUGAAGAGGAGGAGGGACAGCGGUUUUAUGCCGGCGGCUCGGAGAGAAGCGGACAGCAAAUCGUUGGUCCUCCGAGGAAGAAGAGUCCCAAUGAGCUGGUGGAGGAUCUCUUCAAAGGCGCGAAGGAGCACGGGGCAGUGGCGGUCGAUCGGACGGCCAAGAGCGGCGGCGAGACUAGCAAGCCAAAACCCUUCGCAGGGGGAGGUUAUCGCCUUGGGGCUACUCCAGAGGAGGAAUCCGCUUACGUGGCAGGAGAGAGGAGACAGAACUCUGCUCAGGAUGUGCAUGUGGUACUGAAGCUCUGGAAGAGUGGAUUCAGCCUGGACAGCGGAGAACUGAGGAGCUACCAGGAUCCGUCCAAUGCCCAGUUUCUCGAUGAUAUCCGCAGAGG